AUGAUUUACGGUUAUGCCCGAGUAUCAACAAACCACCAGGACACUGAAUUGCAACUAACGGCGCUCAAGUCAGCGGGUUGUGAGAAAAUUUUUGAAGAGCAUGCCAGCGGGAGGAAAUCGAAUCGGCCGGUUCUAAAACGGCUGAUCGCCACUAUGCAGCCGGGGGAUGAACUGGUGGUCUGGAAGCUGGACAGGAUAGGCCGCAACGUUCUGCAUGCGCUGUUGAUGUUCCAGCAGUUACAGGAAAAGGGUAUCAACUUCCGCAGUAUUACAGAUGGUGUAGACCUGAAAACAGCAAGUGGUCGCUAUAAUUUCCGUAAUAUUCUUUCUGCUGCGCAGUAUGAAUCUGAUUUGAAUAGCGAGCGUACCUUAGCAGGGCUGGCCGUAGCCAGGGCAAAAGGGCGAGUUGGUGGUCGCAGGCCUAAGUUCACGGAUGAGCAAUGGCGGGAAAUGGGGGAGCGGAUGGCAACCGGUGAAUCACGACAAAGCGUAUCAAAAACGUAUGGAGUAGGGCUCUAA